AGCGUCGGAGACGGAGGGAGGCAUGCUGACAGACAGGCAGAUGUGAGUGAGAGGGAGGGAGCCGAGCCCGCCUCAGGUGUCCUCCUCUCGGCCGCGCUCAUUUCGCUUUCACCGCCUCUUAAAUGUCGGGGAGAGUUUCCCCAACUACUGCCGCCGCCGUCACGUCCCCUCUGAGUGUUGUGCUGCUUGGCCAUGCUUUGCUGGGCUGUGGAGAGCAGAACAUGUCAAGUCUAACUGCGCUUAUAUAACUGCAAGCGGCCCGCGGCUCUCCUGCAUUUGUAUCCGUCUUCUCAAACUUCUCCGUAGGAAAGAGAAACCCUUUGCCUCGGCUCGGCGCUGCUGAGGGCCCAGCAUGGUGAACAGCCAGGCGUCGGGCAUACCGCCGGCCCCCAGGUCGUGUGCAGGAUGUGGGGGGAAGAUCGCCGACCGCUUCCUGCUCUUCUCCAUGGAGCGCUACUGGCAUACACGCUGCCUCAAGUGCUCUUGCUGCCAAGCCCAGCUGGGGGACAUUGGCACCACCUGCUACAGCAAAGGGGGCAUGAUUCUGUGUCGGAGCGACUACAUCAGACUGUUCGGGCACAGUGGGGCGUGCAGUGCCUGCGGCCAGUCGAUCCCAGCCAAUGAAAUGGUGAUGAGGGCACAGGGGAACGUUUACCACCUCAAGUGUUUCAGCUGUGCCACCUGUAGAAACAGAUUGAUGCCCGGUGACCGCUUCCACUAUAUCAACGGUACAAUCUUCUGCGAGCACGACAGACCUGGCGCUGCCUUGCUCAACAGCCACCUGCCUCCACUUCAGAGCAGCUCUGUGCUGACAGACCAGAAGGUAUGCUGAGCGGCAGGGAUGCUGACCGUCGCCCUCGCCGUUCUCCUCCCAAGCUUCACCUACUCCUCGGUGCACUCUUUUUUUUUUUUUUUACCCGCUACUGAUGCCGUUGUUGUGGAUUCUCCUCAUCUUCCAGCCUCUCUUCCCCCAGGGGGAGGACGCCAUUUCUCGCAGAGAUAUGCUUUCUCCGUCACCAUAUCAAAGACAGCACACAGCAUACAAAGUCACAUUUAUGUUGUAUUUGAUGUUAAGGUGGUCUGUGAGUCAUGCAAAGACUUACGUGUGGACUAACUACUCCGACAAGGGUCCUUUAGGACUAAGGAAAUAAGGAGCCGAAGACGCUUGAUGGACUGCUGUGAAAUGAUUUGGUCACUGCUGGUUUGCUUGUGCCAAGUGGCAUUUCUGCCUCUGCCCCUCCUUUGAGCGUCAGUGUCUUUGAUGAACUCUUGAUCUCUUUGUUGUACAUGUUAAUCUGGGAUCUUAUACACUGAGGGCUGACCCUGAGUAUGUUAUCGAUGGGUGCCAGGCUAAAAUCUAGGGUGUCAAAAAAGUCUGCAGUCAGAAACUGCUAAAUGUGGAGCAAACUGGCUGCAAAAGUGGGAUUUGUACCCAUAAGUCCAUUCACAGGCAUGAAAUUUUGUUUACUGAAAUUUUUCAACCGGUCAGCCAGCCUGAUUCCUGAUGUUUAGGGAAAUUGUGCAACAAUCGUGCUGUCGAUUAAGAGAUCAAAACUAUGAAAGAAGUCAUCCAUGUACACAUACUUCCCACGACUGCAGACUUUACAAACACCCUGUAGAAAGGACAAUUGAAAAAUUCCAGCAAAGGUCUUGUUGUAGAACUCUGUAGAGUUUUAUUUCUUUAUCAGAUACCUGUUCAAUGUGUGAAAAAAAAAAUUGUGGAGUAAAAAAAAGUUAAAAAAAAAAAAAAAAAUGC